CAGCAACGACGCCAGUCUCUUUCACAGCAAGACCAGGGGAAGGCGUCAACACACUCUAAUCCAUCAGACAACUCUUCUUCCCUCCUGCCAUCAUCAUCCGCUCGCGACGAAACCCAACAACCCUUGCUCCAACCUCGAACCCCGACGUCAGCUCCAGCGCCUAGAGCCGCCUCCAUCACCAUGGCGCUCGACAAUUACUACCACAAUAAGAUCGAGGCUAUGAAGCUGGAGAUCCUCAAGGGCCAGGCUGUUCUGCGCCGUCUUGAAGCCCAGAGGAAUGAUUACAACUCGAGGGUGCGGCUGCUUCGAGAAGAGCUGGGCCUGCUGCAGCAGCCAGGUUCCUACGUUGGCGAGGUCGUGAAGGUCAUGAGCACCAUGAAGGUCCUGGUUAAGGUCCAUCCAGAGGGGAAAUAUGUUGUCGACGUCUCGGAUUCCGUCGACAUCACUUCCUACAGGCUCGAGAA